GACGUCAUAAUUACGAUGUUUAUGUUGUAACAAUAAACCAGCAUGGUGUUUUGAUGUAAAAUUCGAGAAUUUAGAAUUUAGUUAAAGAAUGUGAUUGUUUAGUACAGUUACGUCAUAAUGUUGCAAGUUCGGGCUGGCUUCGAACGAAACUUUUUAAAAUUUCUUCGACGAAAAAAUCAGAAAAUUAUUUUUCACCGAAAAUUAAGAAUUUCCCCCGCAAAUUCUGGAUUGACCGCUCAAGCGUCGAAUCCAUUAUUACCUCAUAAUGAUGAUAGUUUCCACAGUUUUGAUGGAAAAGAAAUAUUAUUUGAAGAACAAUACGCCGAAGCCACUCACCUGGAACCCAAGAAACCGACGAUCCGGAACAAAUAUCUCCAAGAAAUGUCAACGUCGUCAAAGUUUUUGUUAAAUUACGUUGAAACUUGUGCCAAGGGCGGAUAUUUGGACGAUGCUGUUGCCACGGUGAUUGAUAAACUCGACCAAUCAGCUGCUUCCGUUGAUGACAGGGUUUUAGAAUUCAUUCAUCGAGAAGUUUUCCGUUCUACGAACCUUCGAUAUCCACCAGGAGGCGAUGCUGUGUCACCAUUCGAGAUCAACCUCAUUUUAUUCGAGAAAAUGAAACAAACGAAACGAAAGCCCUCUGCUGCCUCAUGUGCUUAUAUCCUGGCUUCGUUGCAAAAGUUUCAAUCGAACGCGGCAAUAUCGGGUAGAUUGUUGACGAGAUUUACCUCAACGUACGGAUAUUCGUGUUUGGACAUUCUCGACAAUUGUCGCCACGACAUGGAAUGUUACAACUCGUGCGAACUCGCGAUUACAUCUACGUUUCCUGGGUUUAAACACUCGUUCACCCCACCACUUGAGGGGGGUAGUGACAAUCCAUUGACCCAGGGACUCGGAGGGGAAACCCCCAACACGUCAAUACGCCUUGAUUCUGUGAAUUCAAAAGUUUUAAAACAUUUUUACGAAAAACAAUUACAGCAAGAAAUUAUCGGGAAAGGGAAAAUCCCCAAUGUUUUAAACAAGAGAGCAAAAGUUUCAAAGUCAAUUCAAAAGAAACGCGAUGCAGUUGAAUCGUUACACUCAACGUGGAAAGUUGAAUUACUUCGUUCGUUUCAGCAACUCAAAGUCAGCGAGGAAGAUAAAUGGACGCGAUAUCGAAAACAUCGAUUUUCUGGCGUUUACCCGUUUCUAUGCGUGUUACCCCCGGAAACAUUUGUUGACAUCAUAAUACAGUUUAUGAUGUCUAUGUCGGCGAGUGGGAACAUAGCAAGUGUGUUGUGUUACGAACUCGGAUCAUCGGUUUAUUCACAUCAUCUCAUUAAUCAACUCAAACACGACGGAUAUUUCGAGAAUCUUCGUAUGAUAUAUUCUGACUAUACCUCUAUGUACACGCAUAGAUGCAAUCUUUCCCCACGCCAAUCAUGGCUUCAACUCGAAGACAAGAUUGGAAAUAUAUCGACGCGACACCGAAUCGAACCCUGGCACAACAUGUGGCUGUUCACUGUUGGGUUGAAACUACUUGAGGUCAUGGUGUCAACUUUAACCUUUAACCUUGACUGGGGGUCAGGGGUCAAACUGCGGAACAUCCCAGCUGUGUUCAACUCUUAUAAAGUAUGGGGUGGUAAGAUGUACGGGAUGGCCGUCCCACAUCCAGGGUAUGUUGCGAUGCUCAGUGAUGCGAAACAUGAUUUCGAGUUCGAAACGGGGAUUCUCCCAAUGGUAGUUCCCCCUCUGCCGUGGGUAAACCCCUCACAGGGAGGUUACUUAGCAAGCCCUACAAAGUUCGUUCGUUCGUACCGCGAUGUGAUUGGUCAAGAGGAAGACACGAUCGACCAAUCAGACGUCACCACGGUAAUGGACUCGUUGAAUAUCCUCGGUUCGGUCGGAUGGAAAAUUAAUCAACGCGUGCUCGAUGUUCAACUCUGUUUGUUCAGGAAUAAUGGCGACAAGAAACUCUCGAUUCCCCCGCCUGCCACCUCUGCCCCCAAACCCCCCGAUCUUUCAAACGUGGCCGACUUACCCCCCAAUAAACGCGGAGAGAUGUUUGAGGCAGCGAGGGCGGCCACUAAGUUGAAACUGGAGAUGAAUUCACUUCACGCCGACGGACUUUAUAAAUUAUCAAUCGCUGAUUAUUAUCGCGACGAUAUUGUUUGGUUUCCUCACAACCUCGACUUCCGGGGCCGAACUUACCCCGUGUCGCGUCAUCUCAACUACAUGGGGUCUGAUGUUUCGCGCUCGUUGUUCCUUUUCGCUGAUGGCAAGCCACUAGGAGGCGACGGACUCAAUUGGUUGAAGAUCCAUCUCGUUAAUUUGACGGGAGAGAAAAAGAAAGAAGGCAUGGCUGCGAGGCUGGAUUAUGCGAAUGAGAUGAUGGACGAAAUAUUGGAUUCCGCGGAUCGACCACUAGAUGGCAGAUGUUGGUGGAAAGAAAGCGAUGAACCGUGGCAAACGCUCGCUGCGUGUUUCGUGCUCGCUGAUGCAUUACGAACGAGGAAUCCGGAGGAUUACGUUUGUAAUUUGCCGGUGUACCAGGAUGGGUCGUGUAACGGAUUGCAACAUUAUGCGGCGUUGGGGAGGGACACACUGGGUGCGCAACAGGUGAAUCUUGCCCCCUCUAGUGUUCCGCAAGAUAUUUACGCUGGAGUUGCCGCAAAAGUUGAAAACAUUCGGUCGCUAGAUGCUGAUAGAGGGUCGGAGGUCGCGAAAGUUUUGGAAGGAUUUGUAACGAGGCAAGUCGUGAAGCAAACCGUCAUGACAACGGUGUAUGGUGUAACAAGAUACGGAGGGGUGCUGCAAGUCCAACGUCAACUUUUGUACCUUGAUGAUUUCCCUCGUCAACAUUCACUGAAAGGCGCCAUGUAUUUAGUUGACGCGUUGUUUCAAAGUAUUAACGAGAUAUUCACCGGGGCUAGCCAUAUACAGAAAUGGUUCACUGACAUCGCACGAUGUGUAUCACGUGGGGGGAAUCCCGUUGAAUGGGAAACCCCCCUGGGACUUCGAGUCGUUCAACCAUACCAUAGCAUUAUGACGCAAACAAUGGACACUCAGCUUCAACGAAUCAACUUCACCCGUGCAACAACGGCACCAAAUGUGAUGAAACAAACGAACGCCUUUCCCCCAAACUUUAUUCACUCGCUCGAUUCAACGCAUAUGAUGCUAACAGCUCUAUACUGCCACAAGUUCGGCAUCAAGUUCUCUGCCGUCCAUGAUUGUUAUUGGACUCACGCAUGUGAUGUCGAUAUCAUGAACGUGAUUUGCCGUGAACAAUUUGUGAAAUUACAUUCACAACCAAUACUUGAAAAACUUGCAAGUCAUCUUAAAAAGUUUCUUAAACCUGCUGAGCCACAUGACAUCACAAACACGUUACAAGAGGAAUUAUUACUCAGCUUAUUAAACAAUGUUCCCACAAAAGGGGAUUUCGAUUUAAAUCAAGUUAAAAAUUCAGUUUUCUUUUUUAGUUGAUUUUUAUUUUUGCGACGUUUUUAAAUAAAUUACUAUGACG